ACCCCACCCCCUCGCGUGAGGAUAUAAGACCUUUUCAGGUGCCACAUUAGUAUCUGACUGCUGUAGUUGACAGAUGGACGAACAACUUUAAGUGGUCUGUUUUUAAACAAUAUCGUCAAGGCUAAGAGAAACACCAACUUAAUUAUCCUCCUCGUGAUUCAAACUAGAAUAUAGUACCUCAAAGCGGGCUUCGCAGUUCAGGGUUCUAACUUUGCUACUGUCCUCGUGUUACUUCACUGACCAAACAAAACACGUUCGGAAGGAUGGCCGCUAUCAAAGCACUCGAACAGUGGUGCAAAAUCCAAUGUGAGGGGUACCGAGAUGUUGCUAUAACCAACAUGACAACUUCAUUCAAAAAUGGAAUGGCGUUCUGUGCACUUUUACACAAAUUCCGACCGGAUCUCAUAGACUUUGAUUCCCUCAGUAAGGAUGAUGUUUUCGAGAACAACAACUUGGCCUUCCAGAUUGCAGAAGAUCAGUUGGGGAUCCCUGCGCUGCUGGAUGCAGAGGACAUGGUUGCCCUGAGGAUCCCAGACAGGCUGAGUAUCCUCACAUACGUGUCCCAGUACCACAACUACUUCCGCGGACGAUCCCCCACCGGGGGUGUAGGUGGGGUGAAGAGGCCAGCAGAGGGCUCAAAGGAGGAGCCGUCUGAAAAGAAGAAUAUCCCUGUGGUCGCCAAAUCCUUUGUGUCUAAAACGGCCAUAGAGAACCGUCCACCUCCCAGUCUCAACGCUGAAACCUCGCCAGAGUUACCUAGGACGGCUGAUAAGAAGACAGUUCUGGUUGAGAACUCUAAUAAGACAGGCACUCUCAAUAGCAAGUGUGUUGCGUGCAAGAGCCAUGUCCACUUGGUCCAAAGGCAUUUUGUUGAAGGGAAGCUGUAUCACCGCAGCUGCUUCAAGUGCAGUGAAUGCUCAAACAUCCUUCUCACUGGGGCCUAUAAAGUGGGGAAAGAGCCAGGCAGCUUCAUAUGUAAUGCCCACCAGAGCACCCAGAUCGUCAGUGAGCCUCCUGUGGCUGGGAUCAGAACCGGGCCUGCCGGCUCUGUAGAGCGGCCCACAACGGACAUCAGCACAGCCCGCCCUGCCCCACGCCACUCCUCUGUGCUGUCCUCCACUCAGGCUUUUGUUCCGAAGCCGGUGGAUACCAGCCCAGCUCCCCAGCCCUGGACUGCCUCAGCCCAGAGGACCCAGGCAGCCCGACAGAAGUUCUUCCAGUCUGCUGCCCCGGAAGCCCCCCCUAUCGGGACCAAGCUGCCAUUCUCCAGAGACGUCCCUGCAGGGGAGAGGGUGUCCAUGAGUCCUAAGGAGCAGAACAGCAGGACAACCUCAAUGGUUGGCAGGAAACUGUCAGAGGAUAACCGCAACAAUAAUAACUCGUGCCCGUUUGUCGUCAGAUCAUCUCAAAGGAGGUUUGGAGAGGAGCCAUACUCGGCUGACAGACUGGCUAAAUGUAGCCAAGACACAGCAGGACAGCAAGCGACCCAGCCAGUUAAUAACUACACCCACAACAAGGAAACACUUUGGCAAAAAUCCAUCAACAAAGCAAGCUCCGGACCAACAGCUAUAUCUGUGAACACCAAAGAGGCCCCUAUUGACUGGCGGUCCAACCUCAGGUCUGUUAAGAAUGGACCAGAAAUGCAGAUCCCAUGCUCUUCUGAAGGUCAGUCAAUCAGCCUUAAGAAACCUAAGUCUGAAGUCCCCUCCACUACUGUUACCAACAAGGCCGUAAAGCCUCCCUCUCGCCUGCCACCCACGGCCCCCACCAGCUCUCCUCCGGCUGUGCCUGCUGGUUACUCAGCUCCCUCUUCCCAGCUGCUUCAACAAGGCUCUGGAGGACCAGGUACUACAAAUGGCAACUAUCCAACUACCAGCUCCUCUUUCUGUUCCCCCAUGGGCUCUCCUCCCCUUGUCCCUGUCUGGCACAGACCUCCCUCCUCUCGGCAGCCUCAGCACCGUGGAGGAGAAUCAGGUGAAAAGAAUGGGAGCUUGUCACCUACUCAAUCCCCCUCCUGUUUGCCAACUAUGCAGUCCAUCGGCUCUCCUCCAACCAAUUACAGAAGACUCCUUACCACCUCUGGUUCUAAAAAUGGAAAGCGUUUGUCACUCACAAACGCCUCCGGGUCUGAAAUGAGGUCACCCUUAAGCCAAAAUCAUCACAUUCCCAUGGAUGACAUUGUGAAGGAGCUGAAUGGGAUUGAGGACAGUUUGAGUGAUCUGGAGAGGGAGGGAGUGGAGAUGGAGAAGAAUCUCCGCACCUGUGAGGAAGAGGGUAACGGGGACAUCUUGAUGGAUCCUUUGAUGGUCGACUGGUUCAACUUAAUCCGAAAGAAGCAGAUGUAUAUUAGGAGGGAGUCAGAGCUUGUGUACAUAGUAAAGACCCAGGAUCUGGAGGAGCAGCAGCCAGGGGUGGAGCUGGAGCUUCGGAGGCUGUUAGAGAAACCAGAUCAUUUGAAGUCCAGAGAGGAGUGCUGGCAGGAGCGUAGGCUGAUGGAGAGACUGGUGGACAUUGUGAAUGGAAGAAAUGCCAUCGUGGAGGGGCUAGACAAGGACAGGCGGAGGGAAGAAGAGGAGGAUCAGCAAUUGAAUGAAAUGAUGCAGAGUCUUGGAGUUAGGAAAUCAAAAAACAAGAGGAAGUCUUCAGUUUCUAAGUUGUUCAGACGAAGAAGUAAAAAGACAGCCACGGAGUGAUCAUUAGGGGAAGAGUGUUCACUGUAGGAUCUACAACACAAGUAUGUUUAUGUCCUGUGUUUGUAACGUUUUAAACACCUGUAUUUAUGAAAGUGCACUGGGUGUAGUGGAACUUGUACUGUAUCACGUGUCAAUGGUGGGAAAACAUAUUGGUAAAGCACAGGAUGCUGAGUUUUUAAUAUUGUUAAACAUCUGAGCACAUUUGUCAACAUUAGUUUAAUGAUGUAUAUCACUUUGGUGUUUUGUGUUCAAUGUUCGAUUACGUUUAAGCUUCAGAAUCACUUUUGUUUGAUGUUUCAGUUGAAUUAUUCAUAGUUGAGGCACUGGAAUUGACUGAUGGGUUCUUCCACAUUUAUCAUCUGUUUUUGUUCCUUUUUGAGUCACAUUUCAUCAGAUGUUAAAUUGUAUUAUACACUUUUGUGGUUCUUUACUAUUUCUCACACAUGUUACUUAGGUUUAGUCAGUUUAUUCCA